AUGCAACCUCUACGUGUGUUUUUGCGUGGUGGGAGAGGAUCCUUUGAAGGUACAGUUCAGGUUUUCUACCAAGGUGCAUGGGGUACAGUGUGUGACGAUGACUGGGAUUUAGAUGACGCCCACGUCGUUUGCCACACAUUGGGAUAUCCACGUGCUUCUGCUUAUUACAUCAACGCAACCUUUGGCGAAGGGACAGGGGAAAUUAUCCUGGAUAAUGUGAAUUGCACGGGAUCUGAGUCAAACAUCGCCUUCUGUCAACAUAGCGGUUACAUAUCUCACAACUGUGAGCAUCGUCAAGAUGCGGGAGUCACGUGUGACGGCAUUGUUCCUGUGCGUCUUGUUGAUGGGGCUUCGCCUAAUGAAGGCCGAGUCGAGGUGAACUACCAAGGAUCAUGGGGUACAAUCUGUGAUGACUCUUGGGAUAUCAACGACGCUACCGUCGUUUGUCGAAUGAUAGGUUACCCUGGAGUCUCUUAUGCAUUGGUGCGCUUCGGAGAAGCCACAGGGGAUAUCUUCCUCGACGACGUCGAAUGUGAAGGGUCAGAAACGCACAUCGCACAAUGCACACAUGGCGGCUAUGGGAUCCACAACUGUGAUCAUUCUAGAGACGUUGGUAUUAUAUGCAGCGGAGCAGCUGAACUCAAGGUUCGCCUCGUAGACGGACCGGAUGAGAGCCAAGGUCGUAUUGAGUUGUUCUACUUCGGGUCAUGGGGUACUGUCUGCCAUUACAGCUGGACCUCGUUGGACUCAGAAGUGGUCUGCAGAAUGUUAGGAUUCGUCGGGGCUAUAGCAUAUUCAACCUCCUCAUCAUACGGACGUGGGACAGGGGAAGUGUUACUACGUUGGCCGAGAUGCUCUGGAAAAGAAUCGAGUCUUCUUGAGUGUGAUCCAUAUUAUGAUCUGGGUAACACUGGGUGUGGACAUACAUACGAUCUCGGAGUUUCAUGCUUAAAAAUGGAUGAUCUUCGGGUUCGUUUGGUCGGCGGAAAAUCUGACAAAGAAGGCCGUGUUGAGAUUCUAUACCUUGGUACUUGGGGGACAGUGUGUGAUGACAACUGGGACCUAAGUGAUGCAAACGUAGUUUGCCGAAUGCUCGGCUACGAACGGGCGGAGAACUUCUCCUGCUGCGGUGCCUUUGGACCAGGACCUGGACCUAUUGUUCUGGAUGAAGUGGAAUGCGAGGGUACAGAAGCAAACAUAGGCCAUUGUCGAAGAAGUGACUACGAAGCCCAUGACUGUGAUCACUCGGAGGAUGUUGGCGUCUUGUGCAUCGGACAUGAAGUGAGCCAGGAAUCCUCUACAACCAUGACAACGAAUGGCAGUAAGAUUGGUCUAUCCCAGCCUGCCACAUAUGGUUUAAUAGGGUUCCUCUCUGUUGCAGUUAUUGGUAUCCUGUUGGGUUGUAUCAUCGUGACAGUAAUGAUGCGGAAGUAUAGGAGAUCAGCAAAAGAAGCUAGUAGUCAGCAACAAGGGAAGUAUCCUCAGACAGCCAAUCAGAACUGUUACAACGGACCACAACAGGAUGGGGAAGCUUACAUGGAACUUGACGCUGUCCCUCACAAGCUACCAAAAGGAUCUUCACGUGAUCGGGGUGAAGUAUUCGAAACGCCACGACCUGCUGACAAGGAAGAUGCUUACGAAAAUAUGAAGAUGUAA